CUGCCAUGUCUAACAGAUGACGCAUUCAACCGACUUGCUUCCUUCAAGCGCUUCUGAGAAUAGCGCUCGUGGCUCGCUUCGCACUCACCUCACAACGGCAACGUGUCAGCGGCGCAUGGAGCAGCACCCGAUUCAAACAUGGUGCCUUCCACGGGUCGCAAACAGGCCGGCAGCGACGGUAGCAGUGCGCCGCUUAUAGUCCUGCCACCUCUCAGUCGACACCUAUCCAUCCUCGGUCUUCUCACAUUCUCCUCUUUGUGGGGCACUCUAGCCCGUCUGGGUUUGGUAGCCAUCAACACUUAUCCAGGUCAAUCCAUCGCGCCCGUCAUCUGGGCGCAAGGUUUAGGCUGCUUCAUCAUGGGUUGGGCAAUGUCCAACAAGAAAUCCAUCGACGAUCUUUAUCCGCCGCUCUAUACCGCCAUCACCACUGGACUAUGCGGCUGCAUCACCACGUUUAGCGUUUGGGUGCUGGAAUGCUUUAGAGCGUAUGGCGAUCAGUAUCAUCAUGGCAGGAGCGGCUUUUACAAUGCGAUGGACGGAUUGACGCAGACUAUUGCUACGCUCGCCGUCUCCUUGGCCUGUCUAUCAGCAGGCCACCACUUUGCCGAGUUCUUACCUUUCAGCCUCUUGCUCCGCGUACUCGGCCCUCGUAGAGGUGCGCAUACAUCAUCAGAAGUACAGUUGGACACAGUCAGGCAGAAUGCCUCGACUGAAUUUCGCAGCGCAGAGGCAUCGAGUGGCACCCAGACGCAAGACCGCAAUGCGUCGUCCGGGCAACCACAAGAACACAAAGGCGUACCCGAACAGGAGUCGGAGGAUGUGCUGCGCGAGGCACCCUUCACCCACGGCGCUUCAGCGCGAGCCUUCGAAUCACGCGAAGGCCCCCGAGUCGUGGGUGAUCAGAGCAGAGUGCUAGAUUUUUCCUGUUUCGUCCUCGGCCUAGCUUUCUGGGUCGGUUCGGCUCUUCUGUGCGCUUUUUACGCUCCUUGGCGACGCAUCACCUUCAGUCUGGUCAUGUCUCCACCAGGAUGCGUGCUGCGUUGGUAUCUCAGCUUCCUCAACCCUCUCCCAGCAUCGCGUUCUUCCAAGCUCAGCCUAGGCACGCUGGCUGCCAAUCUCGUAGCCACGCUGUUCGUCGGUGCCGCUUUCGUCCUGCAACACGUAGGUCGAGCAGCCGGGUCGGCGGGAGGCGGCGCGUACUCCAUGACGGGCUGCGCAGCCGCCUAUGGUUUAGAAGAAGGCUUUUGCGGUUGUCUGAGCACCAUCAGCACCUUUGCAGCCGAGCUCAGGGCAGCCAAGGGUAGAUCUGCGGUCUGGUACGCAGCUGUCAGCUACAUAGCUGGAAUCGCCAUCUGUGUGCUCAUCAUCGGAUCGCCGUGGUGGAGCUUGGGCAUGGACGGCAGCUGCGUUGGCCUGUACCCAGUCGGGUAGAGCAAUGCAGGGUCAUUUUUGUUCGAUCCCAACCCCUGGAAAGACGCAAUAGAUACCCCCAGGGCAAACAAAUGAACCUGCAUAGAACUCAACGGUCUUGUCAUUGGAUGAAAGGCUUCCGUUGGAAUGAAGAAUACAGAUGCGGAAGAGUGUGAAGAAAGCGACAAGGGGGGUUGAAGGGCACGCUGCGCGCGAGAGGU